GGCCUAUCUCUACCUCGGUGUUAAUAAAAAGCUUAAAUUGUCUGGAAGACCAAACAGACCCAUUGGAUGCAUUGGAACAUCAAAGCUUUAUAGAAUUCUGGGAAAGACAGUUGUGUGCUAUCCCAUUGUGUUUGAUUUGAGUGACUUUUACAUGAGCCAAGAUGUCAUGCUGCUGAUUGAUGACAUAAAGAAUUUACUACAGUUUACUAAACAAUAUUGGAAGAUGAAUCGGCGCCCUCUCUUCCUUGUGCUUAUCCGUGAAGAUAACAUAAAAGGGAGUCGUCUCAAUCCUAUGUUGGACAUGUUGGCAGCAUUCAAAAAUGGUAUUAUUGGAGGAGUGAAAGUUCAUGUUGACAGACUUCAGACAUUAAUAUCUGGUGCAGUCGUUGAACAGCUUGACUUCCUACGGAUAAGUGAAGAGGAGGAAAUUCCACAGUUUGUAAGUUUUGAGGAGCUGGAAUUUCCGAAACAUUCAAAAGUAAAGCGGCAGUCAAGUGUAACAAAUCCAAUGGACAACAAGCAACAACCUGAGAUAAAUUUGCAUGACUGGAUGUUUGCCCCCACAAUGGAAAUUCUGGAAAAGCUGUCUGUAUGGAAAUAAAUUAUAUCUAAUACUGUACUAAUAUCUUUAUUUUCAACCUUGUCUCAUCAAAAAUAUAUAUUGUCCUCACAUUGAAGUAUAUAUACAAUUUAUAUCCAUGGAAAAUAUUGGGAAUUCUGUGACAUACUGAGGAUAAAGCAAGUGGAUAUCACACCCCAUCCCUUUAAGAGAUCACUGUGCCCACUUUGUGCUGGUUCUCUAUUUAAUUAUCAUCAUAUUUCAAAAGCCACCUUAUUUUUUUCACAACCGUAACCUAUUGUUGUCAACGCUUCUUCAUUCUUUUUACAUUUUAAAACUGUUCAUAGAUUUUCCUUGCAAACGUAAAAUUUAUGACCAGGAGUAAGCCAUUUGGACCCUUAAGCCUGUUCUUCUUUUCAGUAAGAUAAUGGCUGAUCUGAUUGUGGCCUCAACUUCAAUUUCCUGUGCACCCCUGUACCCUUUGACUCCUUUGUCAAUUAAGGAUCUAUCUAACUUAAUCUUAAAGAUACUCAAUAACUUUGCCUCACUACUCUCCAGGAAGGAAGUUCCACAGAUUCACAACCGUCUGGAAGAACAGCACCCCCACAAAGGAAAAUCUCUCCUCAGGAUCGUGUGUCUUUCAUUAAAACCACCUCUUAUUCUUCUAAACUCUGUGGACAUAGAUCCAUCAUGUCCAAUCAGUUCUCAUUAGAUAACAUUACUUCCCUCAAUCCAGGGAAUGAGUUGAGUCAAAGUUCGUUGAAUUACUUUUUUACGCAGUUAUUUCCUUUCUUAAAUAAUGAGACAAAAACUGUACACAGUACUCCAAAUGUGGUCUGUCAAAUGCUGUGUAUAACUAUACCAAAACAUUCUGUCUUUCAUGUUCCAUUCCCCUUGCAAUAAACAACAACAUUCCAUUUGUCUUCAUAUUCACUCUCUCAAGUUAGUUAACGCUUCUUUUUUCUGUCAAAGUGGACAAGUUCACAUUAUCCCUACAACAGCCAGAUUUUUGCCUGUUUACUUAACCUAUCUAUAUCCUUUCGCAGACGACUUAUGUUCUCUUCGCAACUUACUUUCCCACAUAUCUUUGUGCCAACAGCAAAUGUAGCAACUAUGUACUCAGUUUCCUCAUCAAGUCAUCGAUAUGUAACUGGAAAUCUGUGUACACUACAUUUACUGGCUCCUUUUAUUGGGUCUUAGCUUCACAUCUUCAAAAAAACUGUACAAAAUUUGUGAAACACAAUUUCCCUUUCGCAAAAGCUUCAGAACAUAAGCCAUGUUAACUGCUUGAUUAUGAUUUUCAAAAAUGCUGCUCCCAUUUCCUUAAAAGUGCAUUCCAGUACUUUAAGAUGAUAAACUUAGGUUAGCUCGCUAGCCUGUAAUUUCUUUUUUCUGUCUUCCCCUAGACCAGGUAUGUCACGUUUGCAAUUUUUUUCAAAGCAUCGGAACCUAUUUUUGGAAAUUUUGGAAGAUUGCAGCCAAUGCAGCCAGUUCUUUCCAGAUUCAAAGAUGUAGAACUAGGAAAUUCAUUCACCUUUAAUCCUAUUAGUUUGCCUUAUAAGAGACAACAAGGUGUAGAGCU